AUUCUAGGUUCAUCGAGAGAAGGAGUUCAAGACGAAGAUGUUAAAGAACCAUAUUGGGCAGUGCAGUGGGAAACUGAAGCAGACGACGGGACUCCUGGAAUACAGUAUAGAAGUGAUGAAGGAAGGUGAUCCUGCAGCUUUCCUCAUGGUCUCUGGAGCACUGGUCCAACGGGCGCAUAUGUCGGAGGAGUCCUGGGACAAGGAACUUCUCCUCCAGGCGAGGGUUGCACCCGAGUUUGACCUGACCCUAGAUAGCGCCUCUGCCAUUCAGUCAAUAGAGAGGCUCAACUUCAAAGAGAUGAAACGCAUGGAUAUGACUAAGGCUCCUGAAGCACCCAAUAUCAUCCCAUCAGACUGCAGUGCAGAGAAUAAUAGUGUUACCAUCGCAUGGCAAGCUCACCCUUCCAGCUGGGUUGAGGGAUAUGUACUCGAGCUAGAUGAUGGCAAUAACGGAGAGUUCAGGGAAGUGUACUGCGGGCGUGAAACGAUGUGUACUGUUGACGGCCUGCACUUUGAUAGUACCUACCAUUCCCGUGUCAAGGCAUACAACCACGCUGGCGAAGGGGAGUACAGUGAGACCAUCUGCCUCCAAACAGCAGAAGGAAUCACCUUGUUCCAUUCAAGAGUUUGUAUGUACACAGCAAGAAGUUACAUGGUUGCCUGGUUCCAUCCAGACCCUAGGACAGCCCACAAGGACAUCAUCUUCUCCAACGAAAACAUGACACUAACCUGCAACAACCAAGACGACCGUGUCGUCCUGGGGAACGUCGGCUUCUCCAAGGGUGUCCACUACUGGGAGGUGACCAUCGACAGGUACGACAAUCAUCCAGACCCUGCCUUCGGCGUUGCGCGAUUGGACACGUCCAAGGACACCAUGCUCGGCAAGGACGACAAGUCGUGGUCAAUGUACAUCGACAGCAACCGUAGUUGGUUCAUCCACAACAAUGCACACUCGGAUCGGUGUGAGGGCGGUAUAGGUGUCGGUUCCGUGGUUGGUGUGCUGCUCGACCUGGAGAAGCACGUCCUGUGCUUCUACGUCAAUGACAAGGCUCAGGGUCCUGUUGCUUUCAAGGAUCUUAAGGGUAUCUUCUUUCCAGCAUUCAGCUUGAACCACAAUGUACAAGUCACUGUCCAUCCAGGAUUAGAGAUACCCACAGACUUUGAUUAAAAUUCCUAGACAAAUGUAUAAAUUUCUAUUUGUAAAAAGCAGAGUUAGUGCAGUUUUAUCGAUGAAAUGGUCAUUCGUGAUCAACGGAAGUGGCUUCAUGUGAUAACUUAUCUGUAAUUAUGUAGAAUACCUUCCGUUGGAGCAAAUAUGAGUUCAUUCCUGGCACAUGUUAAAUGCACCUUUUCUACACUCUCAAUAGAUAUUCAAUAUUGCAGUGGCUGAUUAUCUAAAUUAAAUUCUUGUUGUACCUUGGAAGUGUUUCAUGAAACAAAUAGUCAUUGACUUUCACUAACAAAUUUGCUGUGAGCCAAUCAGAUGCAAGGAUUUCAGUAGCUUAUAACAAUAGUCAGUGAAAAUCUCUCACUGUCUGUUUCAUGAAAUGCUCCCUAGAUCAAAGUGUUUCAAUCAACAGCACUUGUUUUGUUUUCCCAUUUUGAUCAGAAAACAUUCAGUAAAUCAGAUUUUCCUUGAAAUUUCCUUGAAAUGUGUUGAAUUUUACAUCCCAAAUGCUAAUAAGGGGAAACAUACAGAUCUAAUCUCAUUUCUGUACAAUCAGUAGAAUGUACUUUACAGAUAAAAAAUCACAAAAACGUCGCCCGAGUUACAAGAAUACAGACGUACCAGCUUACAUUUGGAUUUAUACUACAUCUAGCCAGUUUCAUUGGGCAAAUGUUCCUUUUGGAAAAUCCUGGAUUUUAUGGUGAGAAGUACGCAUAAAUGUCUCUUGCCACUAAUUAUUGCAAAUUCAUUCCCAGGUUUAACAGUGCAUUUAAGAAAAAAAAAAUCCCAUUUAUGGUAAGAAGUACGCAUAAAUGUCUCUUACUAAUUAUUGCAAAUUCAUUCCCAGGUUUAACUUUAACAGUGCAUUUAAGAAAAAAAAUUAUUUAAUCAUUUUUAAUUAUCCAACCAAGGAAUAGAUUAUAAUUUAUGACAAUCGACAGUAAAACCUAAAAAUAACCAAAGAAACUGGGAAGCAUUUCAUGAAAGGAUUUGUCAGACGUUUUAUCCCACAGGUACCAUUUUAUCCAACAGUUGCCAUGGUGAAAAUGCUUCUUAGCCUAUCAGAAUCAAGGAGAGAUAUCAGAUCUGACUAUUUGUCGAACGAAAAUGUUGAUGAAACUCUCCCCUGAAGUUUGUCUUCUUGACACACAUGUUUGCAUUGUAGCGUAUUACCAAAGUUAUGGAGGCAGAUUUUUUUUUAUAGAUUGAUUGAAUGAUGAUUUAACCCUUGAAUAUAUUCUUUCUUUUGUAUAUCUAUGUAAAGUAUUUAUGAGUUGCUUUAAUGGUGCUUUUUUAUGAAGAAGACGAAUAAUAUCCAUCCCUCCAGAAUGAAAUAGAUAGCAAAAUUCAUCCAGUAAAAUUGCUUAAUUGGCCAUUUGCCAUAAGUAUUUAUAUGUACAUAGAAUAGCAUAUUCCCUGCAUGCUUCAUAGAAACAGUUAUUAAAAAAUAUUGCACAUGAUAAAAACGUUUUUGAAGGAUUGUGUGGAAGAGAGCUGCACGAUCAAAAUACUUUUUUUAUUACUGUACAUAGGUCAUUGCUUUCAUUUUCCAAGAAUGGAAGUCAAUGAAAUUAGCACAUUAUUAUUAUUGUGUAAUCUAAAGUUAUAUAAAUCUGUUGAUUUUCAAUACUCUGAUAGUGUUUCGUCUCUAUUCUCUACUAUCAAGAUGCAAUUUACGAACUCUUUCCAUGAAUUCAUGACCUGUCAUUCAAUCUGUUACCAAAAGUAGCAAUCAUUGUCAUCAUCCUGUGAGAUAAUGACUCAAUUUGCAUUUAAAAAAGUGUAUUGUGUUAUUACUUUUAUUUAUAUAUCCCCUAUUUAUAUGAGUACAUGUGUGCAUGAAAUGAAUUUAUCAUUUAUGAUACAUGGCUGUUGUAUUGUUCAUGAUUGUAUUUAUCAUUCUUAUAGUAUACUUGAAAAGUUUUCACUGAAAUUAUUAUGUUUUUGUUUACCUCAUAUUGGGGUAAAUUCUUGUUCUUAUUUCAAUCACUUUGUAGAAUCUUAUAGUUCUCCCAUAUUGGAAUUGUCAUUUUACGGGAACAAAAUUGUUUUUUUUUUAAACUGACUGAAUAAUAAUUUAGUAGAAUAUAGUUGAAUACAUGGUAUAAUAAAAUACUUAUUUCUAUUCAUUCAAUCAUUGAGUAUCCAUUAUGAAAGAUUUCCCAGAAAGCAGCAGUCAUAAUUUCUGUUUUGGCCAAAAAGGUGAUAAAGUAAUUGUAUAGUUAUAUAGGCCUAUAUCUAUGGACAGAUGUCAAUGUUCAUGCAAUUUUUCCAGCUGUUGACUCAUUGGUGCUUGGGGUUAGAGAAUAUAAUCAUUUAUUCCAUCCCCACUUUUGUUUGUAAUUUUUGAAAAUGACCAAUAUAUAGUAAUGCCCAGAAUUGGACAAAGUGAGGCAACUGUUAAUACUAGGAGAGUAUUAUGAACAUGGAAAUGGGUCAAUUUUUGUUCAUAUUUUGGACCAACAGUAAUGUAUCUACUUGUCCAAUGUUUCUUUUCUUUUUCGUUUAAGUCAUUUUGGGCCGGACAGAAUCCAGUGUCUGGGGUGAAAAUAUAUAUGAAUAAGUGUUUGGUACCGCAAAAUUACAAAAUAGCCAUAAAAACAGACACACUUUUAAUGCACUCAUCGGAGAAAUAUUGCAUGAAUGAACAGAAAGCUAGAACAAAACAAUGUAUAAUAGAAUCAAAAGAGACAAUGGACGCUAAACUAUGAACUGUGACUGGCUAUAAAGGUAAACAAAUUAGGCUUAGUAACAUCUUAAAGCUUAAAGCUUUAAUAAGUAUGUCCGUUUUUAAGGCUAUAUGAUAUACAUGUAUAUGUAAAGCACAUAAGAGACAUUGUCCCGAAGUGACAAGCACUAUAUAAAAGUGGAUUGUUAUUAUUCAGGAUAUUUUAACAUAUUCAACAUAACUCGAUUCAGUACAGACUCUUUUCCAUAAACCCUAGUCAGAGAUAUGGUUUACUGGGUCAGAAAUUAAAUCUACUGGACUUGAUAUCCAGAAGUUAGUUGCGUAACUUUUCUUUAAAAUUACAAGCCUCAAAAUUGAUUGUAUUCAGAAAACAAUUUUCACACUGUAUUCAUAGGAUAUAUACUUUAGUCCCUGAUUUCCCAUGAAAAGCCAGCCUUUUUAAAUUAAAAGGUAAGAAAUUAUAAGAAAAGUUCCAUCAAAGUCUUUUUGAAAUUUAGGAAUAGGGGCUGACAUUAGUACACAGAGACAUAGGGCAAUGGCUUCCAGAUGUAUAUAAUAAAAGCAUAUCUUCAUCUUUUUCCCUAUAAGAUAUUACACCUUUGAGAAUUGGUGUCUUCAAAUGCAAUUUUCAAACUGAGGGGAUUUUGUAGCUCCAAACAAAAGAAAUAUCUAAAUACCUCAUUUUAUACUGAAUUUCAAACUGCUGUAAAAAUGGCACCUGUGAUUGUGUGAUGUAUUUUUAUAUAUGUUGUGCAAAAAUAUGGAUUUAAGAGUAUUCAUUGCUUUUUUAUUGUAUUCACAUCAGCAAAAUAUCUUGGAAUAUUAAUAAGUAGAUGCACAGGGAAACCCAUGAUGAUGGAGGUAUGUUUAGCUUGGAUUUGGAGGGUGUAAAAUGCAAAUCUCACACUCUAAAUUUCAAGGAUUUAAUAUUACUCCAGGGCCUAAUUUAAUUUUUUUUUUAAAGUUGCUAUGAUAUCAAGUCUGGUUGGAUUGUCGACUUUUAUGACAACAGUGAAAAUUCUGCUUUUUGAUUGGGUCUUCCAAUGAAAGGUGAUACUUCAGCAAGAGCUGUUGUCAUAGCAAUUUUUAUGAUUGGCUGUUAAUAGUGAUGAGCAUCAUUUGAGAUUUGUAUUUAAUCCUAAGGAUUUAUUUUGAAAUCUCAAAAAGAUUUGUAUGCAAAUCUUUUAGCUGUAAAUUCAAAUCUGCAAGGUCUGAGUCUUAGUCCAGUGUUUGGCUGGCCACUAUUCACAGCUGAUCUGGAUUUUUUAAUCUUAAAUCCCUGAAAUUCAGAGUGUAUGAUAAGAUUUCCCCUCUCUCCAUAUUAAUUCAGUGCUCAUUAUUGCUUUUCUGAAAAUGGUGCAAGAGAAAAUUUCUGUUAUAUAAUUUGCAGUGAAUAUUUAGGCAGUAUAAACAAAGCUUUAAAGGGAAUGGAUCACUCUUGAAAGGGUCGUUGUUUGUUCCAUCAGGUCCUAGUUUUAAAUUGCUAUAAUUAUUAAAACUUCUAUUGAAACUUGAUUUUAAUGGGCUGUUGAGCCCUGUUACCAUGGUAUUUUGGAAAAUGAAACUGGUCCCAGAUGUUGAAAGUGACUCAUUUUCACAUUACAAUUAAAAUGUAUAUGAAGAGAAAGAUAUAUUCAAUCAGUGAUACAGAUUUUCUAACAAUUCGGAAUCAAAAGGAGAGAAUCAAUUUUGACUUUUCCAGGCUCUUCUUUUAAAAUGAAGUUCCUGAUUUCCUUGAUCAAUUUGUGACACACAUUUGAGAAUUACAGCUCAUUUCCUAUUUUAUCCAUUUGAAAAAAAAAUGGAAGUCAAGACCUCUGAUUUAAAUCAGAUAAUAGAUCAAACCAUUUAAUAUGUAGAAAAACUUAAUUAUUCCAAAUAUACAUGAGAUAUAUCAAUAGCUUGGUGUUUUGGCAUAAUUUUAUUUUGGUUGGGGCUGUAUAGGGGCAGGAUUGCCCCUAAGGGAUCAUAAGUAAAGUGACCAUCAGUAAUGUACAUGUAGUAUUAUAUUGGGUCUGCACCCUUUUCAUGCUAGUAUGUUAUGAUAGUUCUCCACAUUUUGCUAACCUGUCAUUUUUUUUAAAAACAGGUUGUGUGCUUUUAGACUACAGAAACCUCUUCUUUUUACAAGAUAGCCGUCCCCAGUGUUGUAUUGGAUUGGAGAACUUGAUAUUUUUCGAUUAAUAUUCAUUUCCAAGUCUACUCCGUUUUAUUGCUGAGCUGCAUUAUGUGUGCAAAAAUUCCCUUGUUUUCUCAAUUUUCUUGCCUUGUGGUUAUUAUUAAAUUAUGGACACAAUGCUUGUGUGAUAUUGGAAGUUCA